AGCUCAAAGUUCAGUGUUCUCUUUGCCUGCUCUUGUCGGGCUGCUACACCAGCAUUACAAGUUUCUUUCUUCAGUGUGUUUGGCCAUUCAGCAAAGCGUUUCCUAUUCGUGCUGAUUUUCUACAAAUGGAAUCCCUGAUUAAAGUUCUUCUCUUGUGCUGUGCGACCCUGGGAAUCUAUGGAACGGAGGAUGCAAGGCCACUAUUGACAACAAACUAUGGGCAGCUUCUUGGAAAAACAGUGGGUGCAAAGGAAACCGACAGAUUAAUUCAUGUUUUUAUGGGCGUUCCUUUUGCAAAGCCUCCUAUAGGACCAUUAAGAUUUGAGGAUCCACAGCCACCAGAGCCAUGGAGUUCUAUCAGGGAAGCUACAGAAAAUCCGCCCAUGUGUUUACAAGAUAAGAAAGGAAUGGAGCAACUUGCUGAUUUUUUCAAGGCAAAAUUUGAUUUUCCUCCGGUUUCAGAGGAUUGUUUGUACCUAAAUGUCUUCACUCCGGCAGACAGAGGAGAGAACCCAGAGCUCCCUGUCAUGGUGUUCAUACAUGGAGGAGGACUUACCAUGGGAGGAGCAGGCAUGUUUGAAGGCUCUGCUUUAAGUGCCUAUGAAAAUGUUGUAGUGGUGUCAAUACAGUACAGACUUGGCAUUAUGGGAUUCUUUAGUACUGGUGAUAAAGAAGCACGCGGGAACUAUGGCUUUCUGGAUCAGGUUGCAGCUUUAAGAUGGGUUCGUGAUAAUAUUAAGGAUUUUGGAGGAAACCCACAGUCAGUUACAAUAUUUGGGGAAUCUGCAGGCGGAUUGAGUGUUUCUGCACAGGUAUUGUCCCCACUUUCUAAGGGAUUGUUCCAAAGAGCCAUAUCUGAGAGUGGAGUUGCAAUACUUCCUAGUUUGAUGGCCAGUAAAACUGAAGAGAUUCUACCUAUUCUCCAUGUGGUCGCUAACAUAUCCUCCUGCAGUGUAUCGAGCCUGGCAGACUGUCUAAAAAAGAAAACAGAAGAUGAGAUUGUUGAGAUUUCUGCAGCGAUGAAAUUUGUAGCCUUUCCUGCUGUUGUCGAUGGGGUGUUCCUUCCCAAACCUGCUGAAGAGAUCUUAGCUAGCAAGGAGAGCAAUCCAGUUCCUUUUUUGAUUGGUGUUAAUAAUCAUGAAUUUGGCUGGAUACUGCCCUUGGCACUUAAUAUCAGUGGAUAUAGGGAAGGAAUGGAGAAGAAAGACAUUCAGUCAAUACUCGUUGCUCUUCCUUUUGUGCAUUCAUUUACCAGUGUUGUUCCUUUCAUCAUGGAGGAGUACUUUGGCGACACAAAUGAUCCAAAAGAACUAAGAAACAAUUUCCUAGACCUAGUUGGGGACAUUAUAUUUGUCAUACCUGCCCUAAGAACAGCUAAAUAUCACAGAGAUUCUGGGCAUCCUGUUUAUUUCUAUGAAUUUCAGCACCGCCCUUCAAUGUAUGACGACUCAAAAGAGGAUUUUGUUAAAGCCGAUCACGGGGAUGAACUUUACUUUGUUGUUGGUGGUCCGUUUCUGAAAAGUGGCAUUCUUUUCAAAAGUAAUGGAACAGAGGAAGAGAAAAUCCUCAGUAAAACAAUAAUGAAAUAUUGGGCUAACUUCGCUAGAAAUGGUGAUCCCAAUGGGCUUGGUUUGGCCGAAUGGCCAAAAUAUGAUGAAGAUGAAGACUAUCUGGAAAUUAACUUGACACAGGAAUCAUCUCAAAGACUAAAGGGAGGGAGAUUUAAAUUUUGGACCGUCACCCUUCCUGAUAAAAUCAAAGAGAUGAUGGAAGAAAAAGAACAUGUAGAGCUAUAAAUUCCAAUAAAUAGGAUUAAGUGCUGUGCAAGUACUGGGGUACUGCUCUGGUAUUUUAUCUUAUAGCAAAACUCCACCUGACAGCACUGACGGAAUUGCUUCAAACUGAGCCAAUCUACAUCUCCUAACUAAUAAGAAUAUUAUGUACUACUAAUGAAAGGGUGCUUAUGAAUCGGGUGCUUUAGAAUGCAUUUCAUUGAGCAUAAUCAUUGCCUUAUCAGUAUAAUCAUUACUUUUGCCCAACACAAGGGAUAGCCAGUGGGAGUCACUCCAGCAGUUGAUGAACUACAAUAAUGUGCUAUUUAGGUUUGUGAGGGAUGUUUAGAGUUAUCAAUCUGCAACAGCUCUAGAUUCACUUGUACCUACACCUGUCCAGCACUUCUCUAACAGCAACACUAUUAAAGCCUAUUACAGCUCUGGCAACAAAAGCAAAUAUUCAGCAGUAAGAUUAAAAAAUAGUAACUAGUUGAUGAUAUGUUGAUUGAUGUGUUUGAUUUGUAAACAGGAGUGAAAUAACAGUUUUAACAUGGUUGUUGCAAAAUAAUUUUGUGUAAUAAAGUACAUUGAGGAUUA